AUGACGAUUUUCAACUUCUUUCGCCGAAGUGGACAGCAUGUUGGCCACAGAGCCACACUGACCGACCAUGAAGUCGACUCAAGAGACUUCUCCAGGUGCACCUUAUCUAUCCCCACGGGAACCUCGGAUGCUCGUCGGGUCCCGUCCUUGGACAGUCCCACAAGCUCCAUGUCAUCCAGCUCAAUACAGAAACAGGAAAUUGACUUGGACUUGGAAAUGGUAUCAAUGGAACCAGAGAUCACAGGUCGGCUUUGGUCAUGGAGAGGGGCCCUGAUCUUGCUGGUGACUUCAGGCUCACAAUUUCUCGAUAAUGUCUUCAUGACAAGCUCCAACGUGGCUUUGGCUUCUAUUCAAGAAGAAUUCAACGUAUCCAACACCAAUCUACAAUGGAUGAUCUCCGCAUAUACGUUGGCCUUUGGUGGCUUUUUAUUACUCGCUGGCUCUCUGUCGGAUCGAUAUGGACGAAAGAUGAUUCUCUGUACUGGCCUCUUCUGGCUGACGAUCUGGACGCUGGCUAUCGGAUUUGGCCAGUCAUUUAUUCAACUUACAGUUUUCCGUGGAGUUCAAGGUAUUGGAGCCUCAUUGACGGUCCCUUCCGCCAUAGGAAUCAUCAGUUCCUAUUUCACUGGUGUUGACCGAACUCGUGGACUUUCAAUCUAUGCUGCCUCCGGAACACUCGGCUUCUGUGCUGGUCUCAUUUUUGGUGGCUUCCUCACCUCGUCUCUGGGCUGGAGAUAUCUUUUUUAUCUGAUCCCCAUCAUCCCCGGCUGCCUGGGUCUUUUGGGAAUGAUCGUGCUUCCCAAAGAUCGCGAGGCCUUCAAAGCCAGAGAAAAGAUGGACUACCUUGGUGCCGUUUUGUCCACCGUUGGGUUGAUUCUUCUCCAAUUUGUCCUUUCGAGCGGUGGUACCUAUGGCUGGGGAAACCCAUUCAUCAUUGUGAUUCUGAUUUUGGCCGUGGGAAUUCUUGUUGGAUUUGUCGUCUAUGAGAAGUACAUCACAAACCCAUUGAUGCCACUUUCACUUUGGACCAUUCCGAACUUUGCUGGUCUAUGGAUUGCUGGAUUCACCUGCUAUGGAAGCUACCAGAACAUCAUCUAUUAUAUUGUCUUGAUAGCCCAGAAGGUAGACGGCCUAUCUGCUGGUGACACUGCCAUCCGCUUCUUGCCAAUGGGUGCGAUAGGAUUCGUCGUGUCACUGGGAACUGGAAAGCUCCUCGAGUACAUGAACGCGAAAUACUGCCUUAUCGCUGGUCUGGUUUUGUCUGUUCUGGCUGCAGUACCCAGUGCUUUGACAGCCACUCACACUGAGAACUUCUGGAUCAACACACUUGGCACCUCGCUCAUCAGCAUCUCCGCCGUAUCGUUCAUUUUUGUCACGACCAGCACCACUAUUCUUACCAGUGUCCCCGUCGAAGUGAAAAGUCUAUGCGGCGGAAUGCUCAACACUGCCUUCCAAAUAGGCUCCGGUGUCGCCCUUGCAAUCUCCGCGGCAACCACCUCAGCCGUGGAUAUCAAGACAGGACACGGUCUCGCCCAACAAUACUCCACCGGACUCUGGUGCUCAACCGGAUUCGCUGGACUUGGCCUCAUUAUUGGAAUUUUUGCCGUGAGCCGAAAAGGAGCAUCCCCCAAGGAUCGACUAGGCGCCGGCCCCGUGGCUGUAUAA